AUGGCUGAGUCUAGGGCUUGUGUAAUAACCGCGGCGAACCGGAUUCACCAGAGGCAGCAGCUGUCGAUCUCCGUCGCCGAAUUCCAAUUGCGGGGGUCGAGUAUCAUGAUUCUUUUUGGGUUCGGGUGUCGAUUCCGCUUCCAGUCGGCAUUCGAUUCGUACUCCGUCGCUUGUGAGGCGUUCUCUGAACAUCGCCGCAGCCUGCGCCAGCUUCUCUAA